GAGAUGGGAUAACAACAAAAGAAUUAGCAUUUAUUAAUCACCAUCAGCGUCUCUCCACCUCUCUCUCUGUUUCUUGCAUUAAAUUCCCGGCUCAUUUUGUUCAAUCACUUCUUCUCUUCCAUUUCUUGCUUGAACAAUUCAUCAGGUUUCCUUCGCUCUUCAUCCAUUUUCUAUUCCCCCCCAGCAAAGGGUUUCCUAUGGCUGUUCUGGAGUUCAAAGUUGAAUCUUGAAGACUCCUUUUGGCAUAUAAGGGAGAAAAAAAAAUGAAGUGUUUCUAUUACUUCAAGGAUAGAAACAAAAGUAGAGUACAGAAAUCAGCUCCAGUUCUGAACAGCCAGAGCAAAUCUGAUAUAUCAGAAACUGACAGGGUUACCAAGAGUUCUUGUUCAGCUACUUCUCCUCGCAGUAUACCUGAAUUAUAUGAGGAGAAAGCUCAGAAUUUGAGGGUUUUUACAUUCUCAGAGCUAAGACAGGCAACUAAUAAUUUCAGUAGAUUACUUAAGAUUGGUGAGGGUGGUUUUGGAUGUGUUUACAAGGGAACCAUCAAGCCUGUUGAUGGAAAGGGUGACCUUCUUCUGGUUGCUAUCAAGAAACUCAAUAGGGAUGGUUAUCAGGGUCAUAAACAAUGGGUAGCAGAAGUGCAGUUUCUAGGUGUUGUAGAACAUCCAAAUCUCGUCAAACUCAUUGGAUACUGUGCCGUGGACGGAGAGAGAGGUAUCCAGAGGCUACUCGUUUACGAAUACAUGACGAACAAAAGUCUCGAAGAUCAUCUCUUCAACAAGGCUUACCCUACUCUGUCCUGGGAUUGUAGAUUGCAAAUAGUGCUCGGGGCAGCUCAGGGACUGGCUUAUCUGCACGAAGAACUAGAGAUCCAGGUUAUAUAUCGAGAUUUCAAGUCAUCGAACGUGCUGCUGGACGAUAAUUUCAAGCCAAAACUCUCUGAUUUUGGGCUUGCCAGAGAGGGUCCUACGGCUGGUCACACUCAUGUUUCAACUGCAGUUGUCGGAACAUAUGGAUAUGCUGCUCCCGACUACAUAGAGACAGGACAUCUAACUUCAAAGAGCGACGUUUGGAGUUUUGGUGUAGUCCUGUACGAGAUCUUAACCGGCAGACGGUCCCUAGAAAGGGACCGACCAAGAUCAGAGCAGAAACUGUUGGAGUGGAUUAAACAGUACCCUGCUGAUAGUCGGAAAUUUGCCAUGAUAAUGGACCCAAGACUUGAAAACAAGUACUCUCUCAAUGCAGCUCGUAAAAUCGCUAAGCUUGCCGAUAGUUGUUUGGUCAAAAGCGCAAAGGACCGGCCAAAGAUGAGCAAGGUGGUCGAAACGUUGAAGCAAAUAGUUCAAGUUUCUGGCACAGCCAGCCCUCCAACAAAAUUCGUUGAGGAAGUCGAAGAUAAAAUGACUGACGAAAAGCCCACGAAGCAGAUGGGGGCCUCAGAGUCAGCCAAGAGACGUAUGGCACACUUGGCCAAGAUAAGCGAACACAUUGGAGGAGUAAGCAGGAGGAGGUUUAUGAUCAUGCAGAGGGCUAAAAUAACAUAAAAAAAGGUGGUCGGUUUUCAGUCAUUAGGCCUUAGUUGCACAGACAAGUAUGGUUCCUUUUGAGGUUGUCAAUGGUAGAAAUACAGCAGCUGAAAUACAUGCAUUUGUACUGGUGUUUCUCUUCUUCUUCUCCUCUCUCUCUCUCUCUCUCUCUUUCUCUCCUUUACUUUUUUUUGGGUUUUUGGGACCAGGUUUUGAGUUGUUUGAUCAGCUUACAAGCUCCUGUUCUGAAGACUUUGUAGAAAGAGACAAUUGUAAUAAUGUUCAAGUGUUGAUAGGCUCUUUUUGUGGGAAUGGAAUUCUCAUCUUUCUAGUAGUUGGGAAGAGAUUCUACUGGACAACACUGGAGUAUGGGAGUGCCCAUACGAGCUUCUGCUUUUAGAAAAGUGAUAAUUUGUGCACAAA